AUGCCAUCUCGCACAUCACCCGCACAUUCGCGCGAGCGAAGUCUCUCCUGGCCCUCGCCGUCGAACCGCAAGGCAAACCCUCCCCAACCGGUAGACACCGACUACACCACCUCAGCCAUCACCAACGACCCCUUCCUCGACGAUCUCGAAGACAACCCAGACCAGCACUUCCUCGCGCCCAUCCAGAUGUACGAGUACGAAGCGUGGCCGGGCGACAGCGACGAUGAAGACACAGAUGACGGCUGCGUCGAAUGGGCUGCUGGCAUCACUGACUUUGCUCUCUUCGAUGACGAUCGUCGACGUGCGCGUCAGCAAAGUGAGCCGCUGCCGAGGAAGUGGAGUGCCAUGUUGCAGCAGCAGACGUCCGCUUUGCAGCGGUCGUUGAAUCGUGGUCGGGUGAGGUCGAGUAAGGAGGCGGAUUCGGGCGAGCGAGUAUUGGACGUUGAAGAGAUGCCGAGUCUUACGCCAGACACGUCGCCCCGCCUGAGGGAUGAUUUGGAGACUGCGGCCAGGGAUGAGGGGGCGAAGAUACCGGAAUACCUGAUGUCUGGCGCGAAUCGAUUGCGUGAAGAGCAAGGAAUGGACGGCAUGUCCACGAACGGCCGUGAUAGGCAACAGACCGAACGUAUACGCAGACAGCAACGACCCGGUCUUGGACACAGUCGGACAAUGUCGGGCCGAGCGCAUGCUUGGACGCGGCCGAGCAGCGAGAUAUACACGGUUGGAGAAGAGCCGGAGAAUGAGAGCGAAAGGAGCUCGCGGAGAUCGAGAAGCUCGGGAAGAGGUGAUAGCAAUGGGGAUGAUGACGAGAUGAUACGUGGCCGGGCGCGCAGCCAGAGGUGA